AUGGCCCCCAAGACGACGACAACCAAGGCCUCGACGGCUGGCCCGUCCCCGACCUCGACCGCGACUUCUCCGAAAGCAGCGGCGGCAGCAGCGGCUGCUGCUGAUGGUAUCCCCGCCGCGACGGUUGAGGAGAACGUGGCCGAACUCCAGGGUCUCGCAUCGCAGGCACGGCAGGAUGGGAAGUGGACGGGAGAGACGGUGGUGCUGUACCUGCGGUGCGCGUCACUCCUGACCAUGCUGGGCGUCUUCUCGACGCUGUCACAGCUGGCCCUGUCGCCCGUGUACGGGUCCAUGGCGGCGUCGGUGCAUCACCCGCGCGUCGUCAACGCCGCGUGCUUCGUCGGCUGGUCGACCAACGUGUUCCUGCGGCGCACGCUGCGCCGCUUCAGACUGCCCUCGACGACGCAGAUGCUCCCCAUCGUCGCGGCGUACACGCCCGCGGUGCAGGCGGUGCUGUACGGCUUCAGCGGCACGCUGGGUGCGGCGUACGGGCCCGUCGUCAGCGAGGUCCUGACCCUGUUCCCGCUGACGGUCCUGACGGCCUCGUCUGCCGCCGACCUGCUCGAGGGCCCGCUGCGUCUGGAGCCCGGACGCAUGCAGUGGCUCACCGACGCCACCCCCGGCAUCGUCUCGUGGCUGCUCGUGCAUGUCGUCGAGGGCGUCGCGGCCGAGUGGGUGCCCCGGUAUCUCGGCGCGUCCGUCGUGCUCUCCCGCGUCUCGCUCGAGUUCCUGGCUGCCGCCGUCUACGCCGUCCUGUUCCCCUCGGUCUGGCUGGUCCUCGUCCUCCCCGCUGCCGUGCACACCGCCGUCGUCAACCCGCACCUCAUGACCUCGGCCGCCACCGCCUCCCUCAAUUCGACCCUGAUCGCAGACGGAUGGGCCCUGAUCGACCGCAGGGAGUCGCUGACGGGCUACGUCUCGGUGCUCGAGAGCCUCCAGAGAGGGUUCCGCGUCAUGCGCUGCGAUCACAGCCUGCUCGGCGGGCAGUGGAUCAUGCCCGGUGCCGUCCACGUCGCCGAGCCCAUCUAUGCUGUCUUUGCUAUGCUCGAGGCCGUCAGGCUCGUCGAGUCGUCCGCCAGACUGGCUGACGAGGAUGCCAGUGCUCUCGUCGUUGGCCUCGGGAUCGGAACGACGCCUUCGGCCCUGGUGGCCCACGGUAUCGACACCACCGUCGUCGAGAUCGACCCCGUCGUCUACGAGUUUGCCUCGCGGUACUUUGAUCUGCGGGAGAACAAUGCGGUCGUGCUCUCCGACGCUGUCGGCUACACGGCCGGCCUCGUCGAGGUCGGCAAGAAGUUUGACUACAUCGUCCACGACGUCUUUACUGGAGGCGCCGAGCCCGCCGACCUGUUCACCCUCGAAUUCCUCCAGGGCCUGAGUGAUCUGCUCAACCCCGACGGAGUCAUUGCCAUCGUGAGUAUGCUACCGAAGACCGUGCGUGAACACGCGCAUGCCAUGCCACGCCGACAGCUGACAAGAGACGGUGAAAAGAACUAUGCAGGAGACCUGAGCCUCCCGACCCCCCGGAUCAUCGUCCGCACCAUCACCCGCGUCUUCCCGACCUGCCGCAUCUUCCGGGAGAGCCCCGCAGAGGAGGGCCUGGCCGCGGGCGACACCGACUUCACAAACAUGGUCAUCUUCUGUACGAAGACGGCGACCGACGGAGAGCUGCGCUUCCGCCGCGCCACAGAGGCGGACUACCUGGAGAGCCACUCGCGCAGGAUGUUCCUCGAGCCGCAGCACGAAGUGCGCCUGCUCGACUUCCUCGCGGACAGGGGUGACGAGGGCGACGCCAACGCCGGUGUCCGCAAGGGAAAGAAGGGCAAGAAGGCUGAGGGCGCUGGCAUCUUGCGACGCGGGGAGACGGAGAAGAUUGCCAAGUGGAAUACCGCCUCGGCGAUUGGGCACUGGGCCAUCAUGCGGACCGUGCUACCUGAUCAGGUGUGGGAGCUCUGGUGA